AUGAACCCCAUAGAGAUGAUGACCCCCGGGUCCUUUACCGACGCUACGACACCUCCAGUUGACGCUACCACUAUGAACCCAAUGGAGAUGAUGACACCCAAGUCGUUUACCGGUGCAGAAAGUCCUUCUAUGGCCUCCAUCAAGGAAGAGCCUUCAACACCUGAAUCAGACUCUUCUUCCCAGAAGAAGCCAACCAAGAAGCGCAAGUCCUGGGGUCAGGUCCUCCCUGAGCCCAAGACAAACCUCCCUCCUAGGUAUGUCUCUCCACUUACACCAAUGACGUCGCAACAUGGUCCUCACACUGCAUCAAGGAAACGAGCCAAGACCGAAGAUGAAAAGGAGCAGCGUCGUGUCGAGCGUGUUCUCCGUAACCGCCGCGCCGCCCAGUCUUCCCGUGAACGCAAGAGGCUCGAGUCCGAAGCCCUCAUGAAGAGGAACAAGGAGCUCGAGAACCAGCUUGGCGAGCUUCAGAGGACCAACAUGUUGCUCGCCAACGAGCUCGCCCAGUACCGACGCACCUAUGGAAUUGUUACUCGAUCUUCCUCUCCCCUGGACUCCCUUCGAGAGAACGCUGUCACUCUGUCACCAGAGCUCUUUGGCUCUCAAAACGCCACUGGCAUGGUCGAUGUCAUGACUCCCCCACACGCCACUGUCAACCCUGCGUCUCUCUCCCCCAGCCUUUCUCCGGUAACCGACUCUGCCGCUACCCCCGUGAAGGAGGAGCCGUCUAUGGAUGUGACUUCUUUGUCACAUGUCGGCGGAGAUGCUAAGGUCGUUCCAGAAGUCGCUAACCUUGACGGCGCCAACAUUGGGCUGGCACCGGCAGCUUCGGAUGAUGUCGCUUUUAGCCUCGGUGAUUCCUACGACUCUUCCUCUGACGCUGACCGAUUCGUCCUUGAAAACGGUCUCGUCAAGAACGGUAUCUUCGAUUCUCCUUGCUCUUCAAACCUCAGCGAGGAAUACCUCCUCGACUACCCCUCUCCUUCGUCCAACAUCUAUGACGACUUCGACAUUAGCCAGUUCUUUGUCGACGACGCAACCACGGCCGCUUCGGAAGCUAUGUCAUCUUGUGACUUCUCCGCCGCGAACCACGCCCUCGAGCCCAAGGUCCAUGACCUUGUGUCUCCAGUCUCUUAGGAAGAUUUUUUCCAGCAGCUCCGACCUGGCGCGUCCUCACUUGGAUGCGACGUUGGCAGCAUUGCGGUUGAUCUCCGAGAGAAGUGAGGCACAAGUCAAGACCUUGUGGCGCGGAUCGCAUGGAUCGCGCGGAGAUGACAGCAAGCUGUCACAGUGUCUGAGCAAAAUGGUUGCCGCCGCGGGAGCUACUAAUGACGUUUGUCUGGCCCGACCGGGUCAAGGAACAAUCAAGACGACGAAAGAGCGGUGCAGUUCUUUGAACUCGCUUCCAGCAGAGCAACCGACUUCUACCUACUAUAAUAAAACGUCUGGAAACGGUGUGUGGGGAAACAAGACUCAACAGUCUUUCAUGAAUUUUCUGGUUUUUGUAUCUUUCGAGGGUAUGGGUAUUGGUCAAACCCCGGAGCAAGGCGUCAAGGAUAUUAUAAAUGUCCCAGGGGGACUGGAAAACCACGGGUUGAGCCUCUUGUACAACAAAUACAAUGACACGCUUAUGAGCGAUGACGAACU